UGAAAAGAAAAAAAAAGGAGGGAUUAGAAAAUUCGAAAGUUUUGAGUUUUGUGGUUGAGAGGGAGUUUUUUGGGGAAACAGCGCGUAGCGUCAUAUUUCCCCAAAUCGCUAUUCCUUCUAAAUAAUAAUAAUAAUACCCAAAAAUCAAUUUACAUUUCCCAUCUCUCUAAUUUUCCAGCGAAUACCGUUGUUUUCUCUCUCCUCCUCCCCCCCCCCUUUCUCUCUCCUCUUUCUAGGGUUAGGGUUUACCUCUUCCGCUUGACGAACCAUUUUCAGAGCUCCAACAAUGGCGAUUGAGACUCCUUUAUCUCUCUACAAUUGCUCGGGCGGCAGUAUUGGAUUUGAGAUGUAUACUGUUCCUGAUAAUGGAAAUACAGACACUUAUAUGAUGCCAGGUACUGAGUUGAACCCACGUUUAUCCAGUCCAGUUAUCGAAAACUUUCAAAUGAUGGCUAGUGAUGGAUCUACUGAAUUUGUUGUCGAUCCAAGCUUAUAUUAUCCUGCUGCCCCCACCUAUGGUUAUUACUGUACAGGAUUUGAAUCACCUGGUGAAUGGGAUGAACACCAUACAGUUUUUGGUGUAGAUGGUGCAGAUGUCCAAUAUGCGGGUGCACAAACUGAAAAUUUGCCUUUUGUAUAUUAUACGCCUAGUUAUGGAAUGGGAGAUACUCCAUUCAACCCGUACAAUCCUUAUAUACCUGGUGCUAUGCUAGGGGUUGAUGGCCCAUUGUUGGGGACACAACCCUACUAUCCUGUAUCACCUUAUCCCAAUUCUGUCUCCUCUUCUGGAUAUUUUCCAGUUUUUGUCCAGCCUGGCACUGAUACUGUUACAAGUAGUGCAACAGAGACCAUGCCAAAUGUUGCUCCAUCUGCCAUGAGUCGAACAAAUGGAUCUACUGCAAAGCGCACACAUUCCUCAUCCCCUGUUGCAUUCUCCAUGAAUUCUUCAAAAGCUGCUUCCAGCCAGACACAUGCACGCACAGGAGCAUCACAGGGUUCAAUAAUUAGUACCGGAACAAGCAAGCGACCUAUGGCUAAUAGAAGUAAUGGUUCUAUUGGGUCAGUCCAUGGAGCGUCGUCGCAUGCACCUCAGGGUGGGAAUGCUCCAGGCUCGUUGCAAUCAACAAGGAACAUUUCUUAUGGGAAGCUACUACCUCAAGCUGAUCAAGCCAAAUUUUCAUACCCAAAUUUUCAGGGUGGUUUUUCAGACUAUGGUUCAAGCACCAAUGGUCAAGCUGUUCUAAAUGACCCUUGGUCCAAAUUUUAUUACAGAAGACCUUCCCUUGAUAGCAAUGGGAACCUUGAUCUGUUGGGUGAGCAGAAUCGAGGGCCAAGAACCAACAAAUCGAAAAACCAACUUAUUGUAAAAGCCUACACCACAAGAGCUGGGAACCGCAAUGCUGAAGGAAAUAUUGUUAUCUCUGCUGAUCAAUACAACAAAAAUGACUUUCUUGUGGACUAUGACAAUGCAAAGUUCUUUGUCAUAAAGUCAUACAGUGAGGAUGAUGUGCAUAAAAGCAUCAAGUACAAUGUUUGGUCAUCUACACCCAAUGGAAAUAAGAAGCUCAGCAGUGCUUAUGAAGAUGCUCAAAAGAUAGCUGCUGGAAAACCAAGGGGCUGCCCUGUCUUUGUCUUCUUUUCUGUCAAUGCUAGUGGGCAGUUUUGUGGUGUAGCAGAGAUGGUUGGUCCUGUUGAUUUUGAUAAGGAUAUGGACUUUUGGCAGCAAGAUAAGUGGAGUGGGAGCUUCCCUGUUAAGUGGCAUAUUAUUAAAGAUGUACCAAACCCCACCUUUCGCCACAUUAUUUUGGAAAACAAUGAGCAUAAGCCAGUGACUAACAGCAGAGAUACGCAGGAGAUAAUGUAUAAGCCUGGCUUGGAGAUGCUUAAGCUAUUCAAGAACUACACGUCAAAAACAUCUCUUUUGGACGACUUUAUGUACUAUGAAAACCGACAGAAGAUUAUGCAUGAAGAGAGAAGUCGUUUAUUUCGCCGGGCUAAUGGACAUGUGCAUUCAGUUGAGACUCCUCUCAAGCUUAAUUCUGCAAUUGAUCAUUCCCAAAAAGUGGACGAGGUUGGUACCUGGGUUGAGAAAGGUGUGCAGUCUAGUAAUUCAAGUGGCUUGAAAACAGUGAUUAGAUCUUCGGAGGCGUCUUCUAGUGGUGGUCUUCAUGUGUCUGGUGUUGCGAACGUGGUGCAGGAUUCCUCGGAAGUACAGGUUGGCAAUGUAUCUUCCCUGAAGAUUGGUUCAUUAUCAAUCCAUCCUAAGACUAGUGAACGGCAAUCUCUAGCACCUGCUGUUUCAUCUGCUGCUCCUGCUGCUGCUCCUGUUGUGCCUAAAACUACUAACGCUACAGCUAACGUUGUAACAGUAGGUUCUAUGCCUAUCAAAGUUGAUGGAGCCAAUCUAUCAUCUGAAACUAUUACUAUUGGGACCAUCGCGCUUGAUCCAAAAGCAUUGCAGCAUGGUAAGGUGGGUGGUUCUGUGAAAGGGGGUAUACGAAAGUAAAUAUGGUUGGAGUGAUAGUGAUGUCGAGGAGUAAUGUGAAGUGUCUGGGUCCCUGGGUGUCUAUAAUGUGGUUGAUGUCUCGACAUUGCUGAGGUUUUAGUUUUUGUUUCUGUCUUAAGGAGUGUACCAAUACCCAAGUCUUGUGCCAAUAUUGCAAUAGUUCUAGGAGUUUUUCUUUAUUAUUCUCUCUGCACUUGUUUCUUAAUUUUUUUGUUGGGGGGGAUUUUGUUGAGGGUACGGUCGGUUGGAUAUUGAUGUGGACCGUGAGGGUUUAGGUUUUGUUGAUGGAGGAAGAGGUCCUUUUGGGUUCCACCUUUUGGCCAUUUUAAGUUCUCAUACUUGAUGUAACAGCUAAAGUUCUGAUUUUUAUUGGCAAAAUAUUGCUAAUGGUUCCUGUUAAUUUCGAUUUUCUAAUUUUCA